CGGAGCGAGGCCAGCUCCCGGGACCCGGGGGAUAGACACGUGUGGCCGUCCGCACCGCGGGAGCCCGGGGCACCAGCGUGGGACACGGCUUCACCAUGCCGCCCCCUGCGGACAUCGUCAAGGUGGCCAUCGAGUGGCCGGGCGCCUACCCCAAGCUCAUGGAAAUCGACCAGAAAAAACCACUGUCCGCGAUAAUAAAGGAAGUCUGUGACGGGUGGUCCCUGACCAACCAUGAAUUCUUCGCUCUGCAGCAUGCCGACAGCUCAAACUUCUACAUCACGGAAAAGAAUCGCAAUGAAAUAAAAAAUGGCACCAUCCUUCGAUUAACCACGUCUCCGGCUCGGAACGCCCAGGACCUGCACGAACGCAUCCAGUCGUCCAGCAUGGACUCCAAGCUGGAGGCGCUGAAGGACUUGGCCAGCCUCUCCCGGGACGUCACCUUCGCCCAGGAGUUCAUCAACCUGGACGGCAUCUUCCUGCUCACGCAGAUGGUGGAGAGCGGCACCGAACGAUACCAGAAGUUGCAGAAGAUCAUGAAGCCAUGCUUUGGAGACAUGCUGUCCUUCACGCUGACGGCCUUCGUGGAGCUGAUGGACCAUGGGAUCGUGUCCUGGGAUACGUUCUCGGUGGCGUUCAUUAAGAAGAUUGCGAGUUUCGUCAACAAGUCGGGCAUGGAUACCUCCAUUCUGCAGCGGUCCUUGGCCAUCUUGGAGUCCAUGGUGCUCAACAGCCACGACCUCUACCAGAAGGUGGCGCAGGAGAUCACCAUUGGCCAGCUCAUCCCCCAUCUGCAAGGGACAGACCAGGAGAUCCAGACCUACACCAUCGCCGUGAUCAACGCCCUUUUCCUGAAGGCGCCCGACGAGAGGAGGCAGGAGAUGGCCAAUAUUCUAGCCCAGAAGCAGCUGCGCUCCAUCAUCCUGACGCACGUCAUCCGAGCGCAGCGGGCCAUCAACAACGAAAUGGCGCAUCAGCUGUACGUGCUGCAGGUGCUCACCUUUAACCUCCUGGAGGACAGGAUGAUGACCAAGAUGGACCCCCAGGACCAGGCUCAGAGGGACAUCAUAUUUGAACUUCGAAGAAUCGCUUUUGACGCGGAGCCUGAGCCCAACGCGAGCAGCGGCAGCAUGGAGAAGCGCAAGUCCAUGUACACGCGGGACUACAAGAAACUCGGCUUCAUCAAUCACGUCAACCCCGCCAUGGACUUUACCCAGACGCCCCCGGGGAUGUUAGCCCUGGACAACAUGCUCUACUUCGCCAAGCAGCACCAGGACGCCUACAUCCGGAUUGUGCUUGAGAACAGCAGCCGAGAAGACAAGCAUGAGUGUCCCUUCGGCCGCAGUAGCAUCGAGCUGACCAAGAUGCUGUGUGAGAUCCUGAAAGUGGGCGAGCUGCCCAGUGAGACCUGCAACGACUUCCACCCGAUGUUCUUCACCCACGACAGAUCCUUCGAGGAGUUCUUCUGCAUCUGCAUCCAGCUCCUGAACAAGACCUGGAAGGAGAUGAGGGCGACUUCCGAAGACUUCAACAAGGUAAUGCAGGUGGUAAAGGAGCAGGUAAUGAGAGCUCUUUCAACCAAGCCUAGCUCCCUGGACCAGUUCAAGAGCAAACUGCAGAACCUGAGCUACACCGAGAUCCUGAAAAUCCGCCAGUCUGAGAGGAUGAACCAGGAGGACUUCCAGUCUCGCCCGAUCUUGGAGCUCAAGGAGAAGAUUCAGCCAGAAAUCUUGGAGCUGAUCAAACAGCAGCGUCUGAACCGCCUUGUGGAAGGGACCUGCUUCAGGAAACUCAACUCCCGGCGGAGGCAAGACAAGUUCUGGUAUUGCCGGCUCUCCCCCAACCACAAGGUCCUGCACUACGGAGACCUGGAGGAGAGCCCUCAGGGGGAGGUGCCCCACGACUCCUUGCAGGACAAGCUGCCGGUGGCAGACAUCAAAGCGGUGGUGACAGGGAAGGACUGCCCUCAUAUGAAGGAGAAAGGUGCCCUUAAACAAAACAAGGAGGUGCUUGAACUCGCUUUCUCCAUCUUGUACGACUCGAACUGCCAACUGAACUUCAUCGCUCCUGACAAGCAUGAGUACUGCAUCUGGACGGACGGGCUGAACGCGCUGCUGGGGAAGGACAUGCUGAGCGAUCUGACGCGGAACGACCUGGACACCCUGCUCAGCAUGGAGAUCAAGCUCCGCCUGCUGGACCUGGAGAACAUCCAGAUCCCCGACGCGCCCCCGCCCAUCCCCAAGGAGCCCAGCAACUAUGACUUUGUCUAUGACUGCAACUGAGGCGGCCGGCCCCGAGCCCCCCCACCUCCACAACUGGAAACCGCGGCCAGCAGGGGAGAAGAGGGAGCACAGGCCACGCCUUGGGAUCCGGUGGCAAAGGGAAGCGCGGCCCACACUUCCUCCGGCCUCACCUGCCCUGCUGUCUUUCUGCCCCCACCUGGCAUCUAGCUCACCGCCCUGAUCGUGUUUCUAGACGCCAUUGCUUUAGGUCACCUCCCGUUGCUGCAGCCUAUGGUGGGACAAGAGCAGUCCCACCACCAGUCAGAGAGCCAAAGGGCCCCUCCAUCCGCACCCCAGCAGGCACGGCCUCCCCUCCUGGCGUCUGGGAGCCAGCAGCUCCUGACUGCCCCCAGCCAGCCCGCCAGACCAAGGGAGGGCCCCACGCGAGGCUUGUGUCUGGAAGAAACAGCCCAACUACUUGAGAAGACCCAACACGGCCUCCUUAUCCCCUUCUCCAGAGUCAGCUCACACCGCCCAUUCUGUCUGAAUUGAAAUCUGCUUUCGAAUCCGCUCCCUCCUCCAGCCCAGCCUUUGCCUUGCCCUGUUCCUCUUUGGUCCCAAGAGCAGCAGCUGCCUCUCAUCCUAGUUCCCACUGGCCUUGGGGCCCCAGACACAGUCCCCAGGCCCCAGGCCCACUCCAUGUCUGCACUGUGACCUUGACAGCCUCCUUUCCUCACCAGCUAGUCUUGGGUCUCCUGCCCCUGCCCCAGCCGCACCUGCCUUCUUCGUGUCCACACGCCCUCCCGGCCCCUUAGCUGAAAGCACAAAAGGUGAAGUCAGUUGUCAUGCUCCAUCUCUAACAGCCACGACCCACAGGCCCCUGCCACCCACAGGCCUCUGUGACAGACGGCUACUGCUUGCGUGUCUGGUGUCACCUUCUCCCGGGGGGCGGGUCCUGCUGCCACACAGGUUCCACAAGAUGGUGGAGGUGUCAGACAUCAAGUUUACAUCACUGUAGUUAUUACAGGUGUUGACAAUUUGCAAGGGUUUGGGUUGGCUGGUUGUUGUUUUUGUUUUGUUUUGCUUUGUUUUUGUACAAAAGAGUCUAACAUUUUUUUGCCAAACAGAUAUAUAUUUAAUGAAAAGAAGAGAUACAUAAAUGUGUGUACUUUCCAGUCUUUUUAAUUAUUUUCAUCCUAGACAUCUCCCUGAGAAUAACAUUCCCUUAAACAUGCUGUGGAAUAAAAUUAAUUGUGAUGAGUUGGGGA